GAUACAGUGCGACUUUUAUCAGUUGUAGCUAGCUAGUUUCUACCAAGAUGCUAUCAUCCUCGCUGUCAUUCUGUGUUUGUGCCCUGGCUGUUGUGUUAACCCUCGUUAAAGGUAAAGAUGAGUGUACCACCGGCUUUAUGACUCAAGACAGGAUAGAUUUCUUGUUAGGAAAUAUCAACAAGGAAAACGUAGUGUUUAGUGCACCAAGUCUCCAAUGGAUUUUUCCUGGGGCUACUUUCACUUGCAAUGGAAAUAUUCAGGGCUGGAUUUUUGGGGCACAGUUUGGUUUAAACACCAGUUCCUCCAUGGAACUUCAGAUAUGGAGACCUACUGGUGCAAAGGGAUCUUACACAAAAGUUUGGAAAACUGUAGUUUCAGAGCGAAAUGCUUCAAAUACUUACUAUUAUCUUCUCCCUUCUGCUUUUUCAUUCCGAGCAGGGGAUGUACUUGGAUAUUACCAGCCAUCAAGAAGCAAGUUGCUACUUCUCCUUGAGAGCAGCUAUAAUGUAGAUGCCGCAUACAAUGUGACUAGUUCUAAUGCAGCGAGUUAUAUUACUUUUGAUGAUUCUAGUGUGAAUUCAACUUCAUUCAAGGCCAUCAUCAAUCCAAUCACAGACUCUGUAAACUGUGUUCGGGGUUUUAUGGGUUUUGAGAGGAUUAGAUAUUUACUGGAGCCGAGUGAAACCCCACCAUCUGUCACAGCAAAAAAUGACAUGCGGCAACAAAUUACCCCAUCAAUGAGGUUCAUUUGUAAUGGAGUGAUCACCAAGUGGAUAUUUGGAGCUGAAUGGAGCAACCAAGUUGCAAUUAUACAACUUCCCGAACUUCAGGUUUGGAGGGACAUUGGAAACAACACGUACAAAAAAGUAUAUGGAACGAAACUAAGAAAUGUUUCCCAGAAUGACAAUAGAACUUAUGAAUAUGGCAACUUUCAACCGAUUGAGGUCAAGGUUGGGGAUAUUUUUGGAAUGUAUGUACCUCCUGUGUCUCUCUCUACUCUUCAACUUUUGUCUGAGGAAAGGGAUGCUCCAACUAAUUACUAUCUGCCUCUAUCACAAGAGACUGUCAUUGAUAUUACUCCAUCAGCCCCACCGUUUAUGCAGCAGAACUACCAUCCCUUAGUAUCAGUGUUGACAGAAUCCUAUGAGUCCGAUAUGCCUAUGACCACAUCAUUGGCUAUUCCCAUAGCUAUUGGAGUAGGCUGUGCACUACUAGUUGUGAUAGGCACAGCUGCUACUGUCUCCCUGUUCCUGCGAAGAUCAAGAAAAGGGACAAAUAGGACUGCAGAUAACACAACACAACAGGGGAAUGAUAACAGUGAUAUUACGAUGACCGACAAUAUGGCACAUGUUGCAACAAGCGCAUGCAGUUACAACUAUCUUAGUAUCGACCAACCGUAUUCGUAUGCCAGAGAGCCAACUGCAACUGUUUCUGUUUUAUCCUCCAAUGCUGCUUAUAAUAAUCACACUACUAAUGAUGAAAGUUCAAGCAAAAAUACCUCUGGAUCUGAAUGUGUGAGCAUAGAAGAAAAUAGUGCAUAUGGGGCUAACAUUGAAAACGAGGGACUUUAUAUUUCCUGUGAUGUGGACCAGGAUGUGUGCUAUUCUUAUGCAAGAGAUCCAACAUUGGCUUUCCUGUCUUCAAAUGCAGCGUACAACACCCACACUGCAAAAAUGACAACGAGUCUCCAAAUGAGCAAGAGGAUGGAGAAAUAAAUGCUGAAAGAAAUGUUGCUUAUGGAGAA